CAUGGCGCAGGUCGGGGGACGACGCUGAGACUACAGGGGAAGCGAUAUUCAUUGGAAAAUUUUUGGAAAAAACGUUGCGACCCUAAAAUGCGAGUGUGAAAUGGUCUCACUCCCGAAGUCCUGGAUAACUGCCGCUGCUCCAUUGAUGAGUAAAAGGAGACCAGACGCCCUGGGAAAUUCCUGUAAUUGCAUCCAUAAACAUUUCUUUAGGACUCACAACCCCUGAGUUUGAUUUUUGUGGCUCGUAAAACUCACGCAUUGCUCUUAAUAAACACGCGGGGAGAUGACCGAGAAAGGUAAAACGAAAAUCGAUUUCCCGCAAGGAGUUCGCCGACUUCGUGAGGAACAGAAAAAGGUGGUCAGCGGCUGUGAGACGCAGAUCCAGCACUGGAAGAAGGUAGAAGGUGACUAUGAGGCCCUUCAAGACAGACUGCGCACUCUUCCUGACAAACUGUCCUAUGACAUCAUGGUACCUUUCGGCCCCCUGGCUUUCAUGCCAGGGAAGCUUGUCCACACCAACGAGGUCACGGUUCUCCUGGGUGAUAACUGGUUUGCCAAGUGCUCGGCCAAGCAGGCGGUGGAGCUGGCGGAACACAGGAAGAGCCAUGUAAAAAACGCCCUUGAGGACUUGAACAAAGUGGUGAAGAAUUUCGAGGCCCGUGUUGGGUUCACGGAAGACCUUGAAAAAGCUUCUGGUGAGAAGGGAGACUUCGUGGACAUCAGAGAGGAGGUGGAGAAGGACGAGGAGUGGAUCACUAAAGGAAAGCGCCGGCUUGCCCAUAAGCCCAACUCCAAGCCCAAGGUGGAGCCCGUGGUGGAGUUGCGGGAGGAGGAGGAGGGUGGGGGCAGCGGGGGAGGGCGGGGCAUCCUCUCCGAGGAGGAGCUGUGGGCCAGGCUGGAUGAGCUGGAGGCUCAAGAGGAGCAGCUGGAUGAGCAGGACAGACUGUUCGACAGCGCUGACACCAACGGCGAAGACACGACUUCCUCUUCCUCGGAGGAAGAGAAGGACGGUGAAGGUGGGCGGAGUCUGGCCAACGGUCUUCACCGGGCGGAGAGCUGGCCCCCGACAGCCCGGGACAAGCCGCGCCCCCCGGCGUGCGAGCACAACGGCACGCCACGCCCACACAGCGACGGAGAGGAAGAGGAGGAGGAUGAGGAGGAGGAGGAAGGCAACAGCGUGCCAACCAUCUUCUUCUCUCACACGGUGGAGCCAAAGAAGGUGAGGAUAAACACAGGAAAGAACACCAUGCUGAAGUUCAGCGAGCGGAAGGAGGAGGCCAAGCGCAAGAAGAAGAACAGCCACAGCAGCAGCAACGGGCACUCGCACCCCGAGCUCCCCAAGAUCAAAACCCCCGCCGACAUUUACAGGGUGUUUGUGGACGUGGUGAACGGGGAGCUCAUCCCGCGGAAGUCCAUCCUGAAGUCCCGCAGCCGGGAGAACAGCGUGUGCAGUGACACCAGCGAGAGCAGCGCGGCCGACCUGGAGGAGCGGCGAGCGUUCGGCCGUGCGCUGAGCCACGACGAGGCCACGCACAGCGACACCAGCGAGGGCGUCCUGGAGGAGGACAGUCCCCCCGGCCGCCCCUCACACCUCCCCAGCCACUUUGAGGCGUUUUCAGGGACAGUGGUUGAAAAGGACCCUGGGCUACCCUCGUCCAUUCCCCACCUGACCAUCGCCCCUCCUGCCCUACCCACGAUUCCCGAGAGGAAGUCUGAGGAGCUGGCCCCCGAGGCCCCCCUGGAGCCCCCCAAAAGGGUGUCCAAAUUCAAGGCUGCCAGACUGCAGCAGAAGUGACCGUGUGACACCCCCCCCCCCUCCCCCGACAU